AUGGCGUCUAGAGAGUCAAACAGAGUUAAAGAUGCGGAGAAGAGGAGAGUUCUUGAUGAUGCAGCGAGAAAGAGAAGAGCGAGGAAAGCCGUUGAGGCUCUGGAACAAGACAACUUCCAUGAGGAUCCGCAUGCAGAUCUGGUUAUGUCAAAAAAAGUUCCAAAAUUUGCAGACUCCAACGAAAAACCGACACGAAAAAAGAAAGCCAAAAGUGCUGAGUAUUAUAAGAUGAGAUUUCGUAAAACUUUUGCUCAACUCGUUGAAGAAGAUGCAAGCUUUAGACCUGAACCCCCUAAUUAUUUGUCGGCACAAGCAUCACCUUCGAAGUUUCCCGAUCGUCAUUUCUGUGCUGUUUGUGGAUUUCCUUCGAAUUAUACUUGCAUACCUUGCGGCGCUCGAUAUUGCUGCGUACGAUGUCUUGGAACACACCUAGACACAAGAUGCUUAAAAUGGACUGCUUAAAUGAUAAAAUAAAAUAAUGUUAG